AUGGCUUCAGCUGGAGUCGCGUCCGCAUUGGCAGCGAUUGACGCAACGUCAAACCAACAAACCAAAGCACAGCUCUACAAUGAGCUGCUCCCCAAAAUAGUGUCCUCGUCCUCCUCUCCCACCCUUUCGCAAGACCUCAUUGCGUUCCUAGAGUCCAUACUGAGUGAAAAUGUGAGCAUAAUUGCUUCUCGUCCGCUGCUCGAUGCUUUCAUAAACGCCCUUCGCGAACUCCCCGCGCCUGCCAAGAUCGAAGUUGGGCAACAUGCCAUUCAAGCACUCCAGUCCCGGUCAACAUCGGUCGAGGAACAAGAUUCAUUGAUACGGGAGAUCCUUGCGGAUGCAUACGAGGCGCAGGAGGAAUAUCUUGCUGCAGCAAAGGUACUGCAAGGCAUCCACCUGGACAGUUCUCAACGUUUGAUUUCCGAUGGAGCAAAAGUCCGCAUGUGGAUACGUAUCGUCAGGUUAUAUCUCGAAGAAGAUGAUCCGACAAGUGCAGAAGGGUUUUUGAAGAAAAUAAAAAACUUACCAUCCAAAAUUCAAGAUCCAGAAUUGAAGCUACAUUUUCAGUUGUCACAAGCGCGAAUAUUUGACGCCCGACGGCGGUUUCUCGAUGCCAGUCAGGAAUAUCUCAAUGUUAGUCUGGCUACUGGUGUGGAAGAAGGAGACCGGCUACAGGCGUUAUCCGCGGCUAUAUGCUGCGCAGUGCUGGCGCCUGCGGGACCACAAAGAUCACGAAUGCUCUCACGGCUCUACAAGGAUGAUCGGUCGUCCUCGCUCCAGGAAUACAGCAUUUUGGAAAAGAUAUUCAGGGACCAUCUCCUCUCACCGGAGGAAGUCAAAGCAUUUGGGACAAAGCUAGCUCCUCACCAGCUCGCACAGACGGCAGAUGGCUCAACGGUCCUCGACAAAGCCGUUAUCGAACACAAUCUCCUCGCGGCCAGUCGAUUAUAUGAAAAUAUUAAUGUUGUAAAUUUAGCAUCUAUCCUCGGCCUUGAAGCCAGCGGAGAUUUGACUGCUGGCGAGAGAGCCGAGGCCUACGCUGCCCGGAUGGUGGAACAAGGUCGACUUGAGGGCAAAAUUGAUCAAAUUGCGGGCGUAAUCUACUUCAAUUCAGGGAUCGAUGGAGUUGGGCCUACUGAUACGGAGGGAAAGAGCCUCAGAAUAUGGGAUGCCGGCGUGCAGCAUUUGGCAGACGACGUGGAAAAGGUAGCUGCCGCAAUCAUGGAUGAUUUCCCCGAAUUUGCUGCGGCGCAUGAACAGGCGGAACCUCGAUAG